AUGCCCCUGCCUCAGCGCUCUCGUUUUUACCUGCAGAAAAUAGAGGACGGGCAUUUAAACAACUCCCUGGGAUCCCCGGUGCAAGCUGAUGUGUACUUCCCUCGCCUGAUCGUCCCCUUCUGUGGGCACAUCAAAGGAGGAAUGAGGCCGGGAAAGAAGAUCUUAGUUAUGGGCAUAGUGGACCUCAACCCCGAGAGCUUUGGCAUCAGUCUGACUUGCGGGGAGUCGGAAGAUCCUCCUGCGGAUGUAGCCAUUGAACUGAAAGCUGUGUUUACAGACAGACAGUUUGUCAGAAACUCUUGUGUAGCUGGAGAAUGGGGAGAAGAGCAAUCAUCUAUUCCUUACUUUCCUUUUAUACCGGACCAGCCUUUUAGGGUUGAGAUACUUUGCGAGCAUCCCCGUUUUAGAAUAUUUGUGGAUGGACAUCAGCUCUUUGAUUUUUACCACCGUAUUGAAACACUGUCAGCAAUUGACACAAUAAAGAUAAAUGGAGAUCUUCAGCUUACAAAACUUGGCUGAGCUUGUGAGGACUGCAGAUUCCAAACCGGCUCAGGUGCCACCAUCCGUUUGGAGAAGCGACAGCCAGCUCUGGACACAGCUAUGGUAGGAGGGCUGCCCUGUUCCUUUUCCGCAUGCAGUUCUUCACUCCUGUGCCGAUGAACCGGGCUGUUGUUUGUCCUAAUGAAGAACACUGUUGGUUAAUAGACAUUGAGCCGUUUUUCUUGGAUCAAAAUAGCCUACCUAUACUGGAUAAUCAAAUUGCAAUGGAUGCAGAAAGACUUGCACUCUUGUUUCAAAUCUCACAGAAAGGCAAUUUCUGAAACACAGCGUUAAAACUGGUUACUGAACAGCAGUGACAACAGCAACGACAACAAAAAGCUUUUCUUUUGCAAAUAUUGUUUCUGCACUGAAGUGGAGUAGUGUAGCACAACAUAGGGCCACGUGCUGAUGUCCUUACCUGGGGCCUGAGCCUGGUUCCAUGGAAAUCAAUGGCAAAACUCCCACUCACUUUAAUGGGGUACAAUCAAACUGUCUAGUCCUUAGUCAAGCACAAUUCCUGCUGAUUUCUAUGGGAUUUUUGCACAUGCCUGGGCACCAGCUCUUCUGCUGGUCCAAAUCAGCAUCACCUCCAUGGCUCGCAUGGAGUUUUGCUGAUUGCUCCCAGCAGCAGACUUGUCCCAAGGACUGUGCAAAAACUGAAUGAGGGUAUGAGGACACUGCCUGUGUAUUUUAGUCAGGGUAUUUGCAUAGAAUGUAGAUCGUUACGAGUUUUUGCACAACGUAUUGUUAAUACCAUUUUUAAAGCUUAUCUGUAGUUUAUUUAUUUAUACUCAUUGUAUGUAUUAAUAGUAAAAAUGAACAACCUUACUGAUGGUGAAGAACAGCAAAAGUGUAAACAUUUUGAAUGUACAAAAUGUCUUAGGUUCUUUGGGUAAACUUUACAUAUCAGUCUUCAAAAAUCCUGUUUCCUGUCGAGCAUUUAGUUACAUUUUAAUGGAGCCCUCUAGGCCCUGGGAAAGUGUGGGCAUGGUAGUUGGUGGGGGUGGGGGGACCUCUUUGCAUAUUCACUCAAAACUGCUUUUCAGGGCUUACUAACUUUGCUGCACAGGAUAGGUUUGAGUUAAAAUCAAUCCAUUUAAAAAACAAACCAGCAAAUUUGUAGGUUGAACCGUGCUUGUGUAACCUGAGAAAAAGUUCAAUUUGGCAGCUUCUUGGUUGAGGAGGAGAACCAGCCUCUUUCCAAGGGAGAUGGGAGAUUUUCUGCACUUGUUUGAGAACAUAUUCGGCCUUUGAUAUGACAAUUAAAACUUGUCUAGACAGCCAAGUUAUUAAUGCUUGAAAAUCAGCUACUGCACAUGAAUAAUAACUUUUCAAGUAGCUUUUUAAAUAGUAGGUAUAGCUGUAUAAACACAGUCAUUGCGCUACACUAUGAAUGAACACAGCCACUUUUCUUGACUUCUUUAGGACUAAAUACACUUUUUUCCUUGGCUGCUCACAACAGACUGUUACUGGUCUUUCUGAGUAGUUAUAAUCAUGAUAGAAACAUGUAUUUAGACAAUUUUGAAAACAUGUAAUAUAGGGACUUUCUAAGACACAGAAUAUAAAAACAUCCUUUGUAGCACUGUAUUUAAAGAGAAAAAAAAAAAGAAGAAUCUCACAAAGAGAAUUAUGUUAAACCUGCAAUAAAGCUGUGGUUUAAAGCAACCCGAACUGGAAUACCCAAAGUUAAGGGUAGAAUGCCAGUUGCAAAGCCUCAUUUUGUGCUAAUAUGGCCUGCAGUUAAGAAGCCUUAGACUGCAAGCUGAAAUUCCAACUGUGGCUCUAGUCCAAAGCCUGUUGAGGUCAAUCAGAGUCCUCUGAGCACAGAAGCCUGAUUCUUAUUUCAUGCAAGUGCAAAUCUCUUUGCAAAGCCAGGGUGGUGUUUUUGCUGCUGCAUUUGAGUUAAGAAUCAAGCUGCCACCUAUAAAAUACAAGUUAAAAAUCAAAUUUUAGCCUUAACAUUGACAUUCCCUGACUUUUCCUUCUUUUUUCCAAACUGAGAACCUGUCGUUUUCCAGAUGAUCUUUUUAUCUGGUGUGUGGCUUUUAAGUUGUACAUCAGAUCCUAUUUGUACUCCAGAUUGAAUAUGAAAUGUUCCUGUCUUGCUCUGUUUUUACUCUUUUACAUGAUACAUGAUGACUCUGUCAUUUUUCCAUUGUAUAAAGAAUGCUGACAGUGUUCCAGUACAAGAUAUAUUCUUAAAAAUUAUGAUAAUGAUGAUAAUAAAAAUCCAAGGGAAAGGUG